AUGCUCGGUGAGUCGUUCUCCUCGUUUACCCGUCAUCCCCGCGUGUGCCAGUUCCAAGAGCUGCCGAAUCACUCCGCAUCCCAAAUGUGUCUUUCGGAAAACAUGAGGUCGGAGAGCCCUAAAAACUGGAUCUUUCCGUGAGCAAUUAGGGUCGUUUCAGAAUUCAUGCAGGUAAAACGGCGAUCUCGUUCUCUGAAGUUACUCUUAUGACGUGGCACCUUUCUUGUGAAAUUAUAUACGAAUUCUGAAUGUCUGUCGACGCUUCUAGACUUGUUUAUGUUUCUGUUGGAGUCGUUGUUUUGGCCUCGUCUUUUAGCACGUAUUCGGGUGAGAAGCCAUAUUGGUCUCGUCCAAGGGGAGUUUCAAACUGCCGCUCAUUGACUCGACUAUUCUGGUCAAACUAAAUACAUUCUUUUAGGGAUUCCAUUAGUUUCAUGUUCGGCGCAGUCUUGGAGUCCAGAAAGAUUCCUAGAUCAAUCAAAGACUAUUUUUUGUAAUCUCAAAACUUUCCAAAUGUUUGCACUCGUUUUCAAUGUGAACGUUCCCCAUGUUUAACAGAUUUCGACGGCAAUAGUGACCAGACGAUUCGAACAUUUCCCAAACAAAAAGCUCAAUAGCAAUUUGUUUUCGAAAACAAAGAAAGAGAGCAUCAAUAUAGUUUGCUUUCGCUUGAAAGCACAUCUGCAAUUCGUCGUUUCCUUCCAUUUCCUUUUCGACUACACACUAUGAAACUCUCUGAGCUCCCCUUUUUUCUCCUUUUCGACAGCAGUGGCCGCCCUUUGACUCAGGGUAACCGCUCGAAAUUGAUAAUGCAUUUAGGUCGCCACCAUUUCCGUGAUAUCGCUAAACGUUUUACUCGUGUCCUGCAAAAAGUACAAAAUCGCGUCGGGGUUUUUUUGCGUGGUGGUCAACCGACACAAGUGUCUCCACCAGGCGGUACCCGUUCGGUUUCCUUUCCUAUUUGUCCACCACAAACAAACAUUUUUCGCCUUCUCAAUUGACACAAGAGAACCACUGUCCACUCUCUCUCUCUCUUUUCCUCUUUCACAAUCUUUCCGCUCUGAUUUUAACGAUUUACAGCAAGAAAUCAUACGAAAAUUGAGCUGGAACUGUUUGAAUUCGGACGCGCGACAAUGGAAGUCAUCGUGGAAUGGGCGCCCGUCGUCGUCCUUCUCGUGGGGGUAAUAAACCAUUUUUUUUUCCGAAUGAAAAUGUGUGUUCUUGAAGGGAAUGUCCAUCAUUUGCAUUAUAAUUCAUCUGAUUCAGUCGACGCUCCGACCUCCAAAGUGCUGCCAGAACCCUUCAGGUAAGCGAAUCAUCUGACGGAGGUGAUUAUGAUAACAGCUAAUAAAUUAAUCGCGGCUUAUCGGGAGGACAAGUAGAAGGAGCUGAUAACUAGUGAAUGAUCAGCGCUAGUAGAACAAAGAUAUUAUCCCCCGAAAUUCUGGAAAUGUCUCUCAGCAGCCGCUACCUUUCCACAUUAGCACUCAAUUCACGUGGAGAGCGGUAGAUCGCGAUUGUUAGCAAUACAGACGCUCAACUACUAACAGCUGAUCAUAAUUCUUAUUCCUAAAUCUGUUUAGUUUUCAAACCGUUUCAGGCACUCUCAUAAUCGGUCUUCCGCAAGUGCAUCCUCAGAAUUCGUUCCGAUACGUUCGGUUGGAAAGCCAGACGAUGGACGUGGAUUCAUGGCACAAGACCCCGUUCCCUAUUUAUGACGUGUAA